CGCCUCAAAGCCUCAGCACAUCACGUAACAUCACUAGUUUUUUGGGUUGUUGUUGUUUUUGUUUUUUUUGCUCUGUCAGUAAUCUGCCUCUCUAUGAGAAAACAUGUAACAUUUCAUGUUGUCUUCUUCAAAAGGUCCGCUUUGUAUUUUUUUUCCGCAACUUUUCGGGAUUCUUUUACUUUGUCGUUUUGCUCUUUUCUUCUCCUCCCAUUCUGCUUGACUUAAGUCUUUGCAUUACCUCCAGAAACAGUUUCGGUUCUUGGAAAUGGAUACGUUUGUAUGCGACAAACUAAACCAGUGGGGCCUCAGUGAGUUUAUUGAAAUAUUUAAAGAUCAAGGGGUUGACACAGAGAGCCUUUAUUGUCUUGAGGAUCAAGAUAUUGACAAUCUGAUAACAAAAGUGGGACCCAGAGCACGGUUCAAGAAAAGACUCAAGCAGUUAAAGGAAGAAGAAAACACUAAUAGUGAAAAAGAAGUUUGCCCUAAACCAUGUCAAGUGCAGAAUGAAGAUGCAACUGAUUUGACAAAGAUUUUACCCUCCACGAGUAAUACAGGAAAGCGAAAACUUGACCUUCAGGAAGAAUCUAGCAUAAAGAAACUAAAGCGACAGCGAGAAAGACUUCAAUUCACAGAAUCAAUGAUACUGAAUGAUGUGAAAAACAUAAUGAUACAUGUUCAUGCUAAACUACAAAAUCAAGAGACCACAGAUCUUAAUGAAUUCCUUAUGACCAAAAUUAGAGAUUUGGAAACAGACAAAAGGGAGCUGGUUGGUGUUUUUGGUAAAACUGGAGCUGGAAAGACCUCACUGAUUAAUGCAGUCAUUGGUGUGAAGAAACUUUUGCCAUCUGGAGAUGUAGAUGCAUGCACUUCGGUCAUGAUCAAAGUGGAGGCAAACGUUCUCAACUCAAAUUAUGAAGCAGAGAUCGAGUUCAUCAACAAAGAGGAGUGGGAAGAUGAGUUGGGGACUGUAGAUCGCUUUCUUGAGGAUGACGAAGAGCAAGAGAAGCAUGACGAUGAUGAAGAGAACGAUGGCUACCAUGACCUUAUUGAGAAGCUUACAGCGUUAUAUGGAGAAGAAUGGAAACAAAAGUCAUCACAACAACUCAUGGAUAACAGAUACUUCAGAGAGAUUCCAGAGUUUCUUCAGUCCACAAAGAAGAUUUUAACUUGUGAUUCGGCUAUAGAGCUAUCUGCAAAAAUGUUGAAGUACACCAAACAAGGAGAAGACAAAGAUAUAAAAAGGUGGUACUGGCCAAUUGUGAAGUGUGUCACUGUCAAAGUACCCCAAAAUAAUUUUCUCCAGCAUGUCACACUUGUGGACCUUCCUGGAAAUGGAGACCGUAACAAGAGCCGAGAUACAAUGUGGAAAAAGAUUGUUGGAAACUGUUCUACCGUGUGGAUCGUAUCUGAAAUCAACCGAGCAGCAUCUGAUAGAGAAUCCUGGGAGAUUCUGAAAAGUGCCAGUACUUUCCUUGGAAACGGUGGCGAGUGUCGAAACAUUCACUUCAUCUGCACCAAGUCUGAUGUUUUAGGAGAUUUACAUGAUGAUUCACCAGCUGAUGUUCAGGCCUCAAUUGUAAAUAGAAACUUAAAAGCCAAGGACGCAGUGGGCAAAGAAUUCAUCAAGCUAAACAAAAAAUAUUUUAGUAAUGAGUGUUUCAAAGUCUUCACAGUGAGCUCGGCAGAGUUUCUGAAACCAAAAUACCUAAAGCCGGAGGACACUGAAAUUCCAGAGCUUCAAGAUUUUUUGCAAAAUCUAAACGACUCUCACUCAGUGACACUAAAUUACGUUUUUGGAGCUCAAGGGAUUCUGUCUUUGAUUCAAGGGGCCAGCUUGAAAAAAGUGGCUGGCUGUUAUAAAGUUGUGUCCGAUGACCUUGAGGCAAACCUGAACUGUCAACUUGAAGGAAUCAGAGAUGAAAUGCGGGAGAUCUACAGCACCUUCAUAAAAUGUCUUGAUGUAGGAGUUGAAAAUUCCAAAAGUUCUUGUAAAAAUAUCCUGAGAUUCUUUUUAUAUCCUACAAGAAAGAGUGGAAGUGCCCAAUACUACAUCCUGAAGAGUGUUGUCAAAAAUGGUGGCAUCCACAAACCAAGAAAGGGGAAGGAAAUAAAUUUCAACAUGAAAUUAACUUCCUCCUUGUGUAAAAGCAUCGAUGAGGAAUUCAGAAAAACGUUUCCCAAUGAAGGAAAUUGUGGUCCAUUCAAUGGAGUGAUCAAUAAGUUUUCACUUGACGUUGAAAAACUAAAACCAAAGUACAAGGAUGCCGACCUGCAGCUGACUUUUCUUAAGACAGAGGAGGAAAAGCUGAAGACAAAACUGAACAAAAUGAUUCGUGACAACAAAAAAGUAAUCUACAUGAGCCUAACCAAAACAGUUGAGGAAAUGAUGAAAGAGUGCUAUGAAAAGGCCGCACAGUUUCGAGGAAAGAACACACUGCAGAACAUAAGGGAAACCAUACAGCAAUAUGUGUACAAUUUUCAGAACAGCAUGUUUGAGAAAGCCAAGAAUGUCAUGUUGGAGCUUCUCCUCAAACUGAUGGCGGAUAUCCUGGGACUUCUGGAAAAAGACAUGAUGGAAUCUAUUGAGCUGUCCCUCAACACUGAAGACUGUACAAUUCCAGAUGUGUCAACUGAGCUUGGAAUGGUUCAGAAACUCUGCAAGGAGUUGAGCAGCAGCAUGGACGCAUAAAUAUCCUUAAGAUGGACAUGGCAUUUAUAACUGGCAGUGACUGAACUUUUUUUCCAGACACGUUAGCAAAAAUUUAUGAUGCUUUGUAUUUUCUUUCAUUUAUGACAUUCUGACCUACAAUCAUCCUCUUAGCAUCAUUGGAAUGACUCAAUAUUCUGAAAUCUGUGUGUCUCUGUUUCUGUUUUAUCACAAGAUGUAAAUGCUCUGAUUGGCUACAUAAAAUCCUCUUUGUACAGAUUUGAUGUACUGAUUUUAUUGGCCCCUGUGUUGUAGAUAUGGUUUAUAUGUUCUUUAAAACUGCCAGCAUUCCCAUUUAUUUUAAGCAAGCAGUUGGCAAGUCAAUGCUAAGCAAUAAGAUAAAUAUAUGUUCAUAAUAAUGACAGGUCAGACCCUUUAUUACUCAUAAAAAAGAUUGCCUUUGUUAUCAUGUGUAUUUUCUCAAUAUUAGUAAUAAAUAAAUGUUUGAAUUUCUGUGUAUGAAUGUGUUAUUAGCCAACACAGCAACUAAUGUUUCCUGUCACCGUUCAUAUCCUGCAACAAAUAUAAAUGACAUGAAUGUCGAUUUUGUACAAUUUUGGCAAAAAAUAUACAUUUGUACAGUUUGUGAUAAUUGAAUAUUGUGAACAGUUGGACUUUCUUAAUUGUACCUGUUCUACUGUGUUGUUUUUUGCUAAAAAAAAUAAAAAUAAAAUAAUUAUCUGUUUUUAUCGUAAAAAUCAUAGGAAAAUGUAAUAAAAAUAUAUGGAAA